AUGAAUUCCAUACAAGAUGAAAUUCCAACACAAACGGAAGUCAAUCUUCGCCUUGGCUUACCAUUAGCUGAAACACUAUUUGUCUAUGAUCAUGAUGAAAUAAAAAAAUUAUUAGGAUUAUCACCACCGUUGAAAUCUAUAUCUGGAGAUCUCUGGAUUUCACCAAGUGCACAAAUGAACAAAAAAGUUUUAAGCUUACCGGAAAAUAAUAACAUAAUUAAAGAAUGUACACACUUAGGAAUACUUGCCUUAGGAAAAGAUCUGCUGAAUAAAUUAAAAAUAGAAAUUGAAUCUAACGUAAGGAAAGAUUUUGAAAAUCAAUUAAUCGAUCAAAAAUAUUUAUGCGAAGCUGAAAAGCGUUAUGCAAUUAAAAUUAAUACGAAAGAAAUCCAUACGAUAUGGCAGAAAUAUCUUAAUACCAUAGAAUAUGAUAUACGUAAAGAAUUACAGAUUGAACUUGCAAAAGUUAUUCUUAAAUGUAAUAAAGAAAUACAAAAAGCAGUGAUACAACAACGCAUUGACAUGACGCAACAUAUGUUGAGCAAAGUACGUAAAGAAAUGUCUUACAUGGUGGACGAUCUUUACAAAGAAUUUGAACAAACUCGCAGAUUACAUAUAGAAAAUAUAAUAGCGGAUGUUAAUGAGAUUUUAAGGUAUUUUUACCAAAAGAUUCAUCUAUUAUCCUCCUUAAUAGUAAACCUUGAUUUCUCUAUUUAUUUUGAAAAGCUAAAAAAGGAAAAAACAGAAUCGUUACAUGCUCAAAAAGGAAAACUUGAAACUAAAAACGUAGCUAAUAUCAUGUAUUUGCUUUGCCUUGAGAAAUUACGUUCUAAUUUAGAAAAACGGAAAAUACAAAAUCACUUUGAGGUACAUCGAACUGAUACAUAUUUAAUUUUGCGAGCAAAGAUACUAUUAAAACUUUGUAAUUUGCAAAACCUAACUUCGAAUUUAAAGAAAAUGUUGAGUACAGCCGAAGAAACUAUUGAAACAUAUCAAAACGAUAAUAAAUUGUUAAAAAACAAAUUUGAUAAUAUUAAUCAAGAAUUUCAUAAGUUUGUAGCUUUUGUAUUUAAUACUGUACCAAAGCAAGCCGAAUUUGUAUUACCUUUGGAAUCUGUUUGUUUGCAACAAAUGAAUAAGACUUUGAAUGAAAAACUGAAUAGACGUAAUGCUAUUUGUCAAAAUGCACUGGUUGAAAAAUAA